UGGAUUUCAGCUCCCAGAAAUCCCAACCAGCUUCCAACUGUUAGGAAUUGUGGGAGCUGAAGUCCAAAACAUCUGGAGGAGCACAGUUUGAGAAACACAGCUAUAGAAUGAAUGCUGUUGAACACCACUUCAACUGCCCUGGCUCAAUGCUAUGGGAUUUGUAGUUUGGGGAGGCACCUGCACACUUUGGCAUAGAUGGCAUCAUCAGAACAUUUCAUGACACCACAACUCCUGUGAUUCUGCAGCAUUCAGCCCAUGACAGUUAAAGUGGUGUCGAUCUGCAUUCAUUCUCCUGUAUAGAUGCCAACAAGAAGGCCAUAGUGACAGCACCAUACUAUUCUCAGCUUCCCCAAACUGUAGAGAAGGCUGUAGUGCUAUGUAUUUUUACCUUGGAAGGAUGUGCUUCCUUACAUAUACCAGCACUUUUUCCAAGUAAACAAGCACUGAAUUAGGCAAAUUAGCAUACUGUAAGUGCUUCCUGGUCUGUGGCGUUUUUUGGCCCCAUGAAAAUAGGCAGCUUUGGCGUGAAUGCGGGAUCUUCUGUUCUCUCACUUGGCUAGGGUCCCUUCCACACAGCUGAAUAAAAUCCUACAUUUUCUGCUUUGAACUGGAAUGUAUGGCAGUGUGGACUCAGAUAACUCAGUUCAAAGCAGAUAUUGUGGAAUUUUCUGCCUUGAUAUUCUAGAUUAAAGUAGAGUCACUUAUCCAACAUAAAUGGACUAGCAGAACUUUGGAUAAGCAGAAAUGUUGCUUAAUAAGGAGGGAUUAAGGAAAGCCUAUUAAACAUCAAAUUAUGUUAUAAUUUUACAAAUUAAGCACCAAAAUAUCAGGUUUUAGAAGAAAUCGACAGAAAAAGCAGUUAAUUACACUGUAACAUUAUAUGGUAAUUACUGUAUUUACAAAUUUAGGACCAAAACGUUGCAAUGUAUUUAAACAUCUAUGGAUCCGGGUGGGAGGCAGAAUGCGUUGGAUAAUACAGAAAGUUGGAUGCGCUAAGGUUGGAUAAGCGAGACUACUGUAUAUGCCUGUGUGGAAGGGCACUAGGUUGCCAAAACAGUACAUACCUAUAUCUAGCAUCAACCUUAAAGGAUAACAGUUUAUAUGGUUGUGGGUUUGAAUCCUUUGACAUUUUACCUCUAUGAGAGGGCAAGUGACUAUGUGUAGAGAAAUAAAGUAUGACCCUUGUAUCUGGGGGCAGGAUUAGCAUUUUCAUUUACCCAUAUCUGACAAAAUAAGUCCUAUCUCGACAGUGAGAGGCGUCUAGUGAAUCUUAACCAGGGAGAAAGAUGGGAGUUUCAAUCAAAUAAAUACAUAAAUUUCAAAUUAUUGAAAAUGGUUCAAUGAGCAUAUGAAACCACUACAGUACAUAUUAUACUUUAACAUUCAUCAUUUGAAAAUCACUUAGAUAGGCCAGCCAGCAGAAAUUGUUCUUUCCUGCUGUUUUCAACUCAGAUGGCAUAUCCAGCUAAUCAUCCUCGUUCUACAAUCUUUACGCAGUUAUAAUGACAUGUAGUCACACUACAUCGAUAAUGUUCUACUGGACUCCUCAUUUUAUUUGCUCUAACAGACUGACAUGGCUACCUCUCUGUAAUUGGUUUUGAUGAUGAUAACAGGUGAGCCAUCACAGAAAAUUUUGGAAAUGGCCCAGAAGGGCAACUGCUUCAUUCCUGUGUCUUUAUGUAAAGACACAGGAAUGCAGCUAGCAAAAAAUUGGCAGCUUUUGAUGAUGAUGAAUAUCCGAAGCUUCUUUCUAGAUGGCUUGGCCUCAGGCCCCUGGCCCCAUUGUGCUCCCUCCCCGCUGGCAGAAGGUUACUGGGAUAUUAGGCCCCUCCCCUUUGUAGGAGUGGGGUUUAUGUGUGUUGGGGACUGGAGUAAUCUCCUUUUCAAACCAAAUGUCAUAAUGGCUCCUCUUAAGAACUGAAGGAUGACUAAUGUUUUCUAUAUACACACACAUUCAUAUACAUUAACCCCUGAGGAAGAAGAAAAUUUAUUGGCUUUUCCUUUGCAGUCCAGAUGGGCUUAAAAUUAGGUUGGCUUGGCCUGCAACUUCCAUUAUGAAUUGUUUUGAGAGUAAUUUUCUGUAGUAGUUCUCCAGAAUUUUACAUCUUUCAAUCUGUUCAAAUGACAGGUUGAUGGAUUGUGUAGUGAAGCCAUGUAUUGUUGCACUGCAGUAGACACAUCCUUGUUAUUUUACAGGUUUUCCUCAACUAUAAUAUUUCAUUUGACAUGUUUCAAGGAUAUCUUUGUAAUCAGGCUUUAAGGGCUCUCGGUAUUCUUCAUGGUGAAUACAGACCAUAAUCAGAGAUUCCUUGCAGCCUAAAGUUCAAAAUAUGUGGUGGAGGCUCCUUCUUUGGAAGCUUUUAAACAGAGGCUGGAUGGCCAUCUGUCGGGGGUGCUUUGAAUGCAAUAUUUCUGCUUCUUGCCAGUGGGUUGGACUGGAUGGCCCAUGAGGUCUCUUCCAACUCUAUCAUUCUAUGAUACUUUACCAUGCUUGUAUUAUUCCUAGUACAUUUAGGACCGAUGUGUAUAACAGGGAAUCCUUAGCCACCUGCUACUGAUGGUUCUGCUAAAGUAAUAAAUUUUUACUUCGUAUAUCUACCCAUCUGUUCAUCAUAAAAUCAGAAUCUUGUAGUGAUUUGUGACUUCCUGGAACCUGCCCUUUUCACAAUUUUCACGGUAUUUUAGGUAAUAUGUUCCUUAGGUCUAGGUCAAAGGUGUCCAACAUUUGGUCCACCAUGUGUUUGGGAGUCUCAACUCCCAGAAGCCCCAACCAACUUGUCCAAUGGUCUGGAAUUCUGGGAACUGAACUUCAAAACACCUGAAAGGCCACAAGUUUGACAUCACUGGUGUAGGUAGUUCUAUAUUUUAAACAAAAAACCCUUUCCUUUGUUUGUGUAAUUGUUUGCUCUUGUGAUUCGUUUAGCUGACACUGUGAUAACCCCAAAGACCCAAACUUCCCUGAGGGAUGGAUAGUGUUUACUGACGGCUAUGUUGUUUGCUAAUGGUUAGGUAGGGAUUUUCUUAGAGGCAGUGAGGCUGAAAUGAUACUAUUUCAAAUAGUGAUUAAGUCUUUAAAGCACUCAGUGCAAGCAGAGUCUAAAGGGCUUUGGUUUGAAAAGGGGUAUGUGAUAUAUUGUAAGAGUUUGCUCCUUCCAUUGUUGCCUUACCUAAGCCAUGUAAGUCGAUAGGAUUCCAGGCUCCAAAUUGACAACUAUUUUUGUAUUGAAAUAAAUGUGCAUGAAAUGAUAACACUCUUGAGACUGGACAAAGCAUAAGGUAUUUUAUUUUUUAGUAGUACCUUAAAAUGAAUGUCCUUUAACAGUUAUUUUUAUACAGAAAAGUGCUACUGAUGCCAAGUGGUAAAGGUCUUUCUGGAUACGUGGUCAAAUGAGUUGUUUUUAGUUUCAGGGUUAAUAGAGAACUAGCGUGGUGUAGUGGUUUGAGCACUGGACUAUGACUCUUUCCAAAUCCCUGCUCAGCCAUGGUAAAGCCACUGGGUGAUUUUGGGCAAGUCACACACUCUCAGCCCUCUCAAAACAAAUGUUGCCAAGGAAAGCCUGUGAUAGGCUGCCAUAAGUCAGAAAUGACUUGAAGGCACACAACAAGAAUUAAUGCUAAAUUGAUUGGAGAACUUGAGGCUAACCAGAUUGAGUAACAGUUGAACUGUAAGUGUCUUAUAUUUUUCUCCAGUGCAUCAUUUUGUUGUCCAACAAAAAGCUAACCCAAUUUUUCAGUCUUUAUGGUGCCACAAUACCAUUUUAUGUUUUUCUGUAAAUGAUGAGAUUGGGGCAGGGGUGUCUGAAAGGGAAGUUUACAGACUGCAAUGAAUCUGGUGCAAAAAUGGUGUGAGCAAAUUCUACAUAUAUCUAUGAUCUUUAAACAAUCUACAUAUGUAAAUUAAGGAGGUUUAAGAGAUAUACGCCAAACACAAUACAGAACUGAUCAUACAGGUGGAGGCGACUGGUACCUCAUUUUCCAGCCCUGUACUAAUCUCUGUCUUUAGACUGAUAAAUAUUUACCCUGAAUAAUUUUGUCUUCUGGAGGAGUGAAAUUGGCAUUGUUUGUUCAAUGCCAGUAAAAUACGUUUUGAUUAGCAGGGUUGCCCUCGGAGUAACAAUUUUUAGUUACGUUAGUAUUGAUCCAACAAGCCUUUCAUUCAUACUUCAUAUGCAGGGUCCUUCCCAGAGUGAUAGAAUUUACUGUUGCCAUUGUGCCAGCACACUUUUUCUUGGUCACAAAAAAAGGAUGGAACUAUUGACCUUGUUCAUUAAAUCUAACUGGGUUUGCACAAAUAAUGCAUCAAAAUCCAAUUCGUAUAUGUAUGGCACUCUUAACUUUAAAGAACUAUGUUUUUGUGAGGGAGAUUUUAAGAGAGAUUCUAAUCUGCCAAAGGUGAAUAAGUUAACAGUUGCUUACCAACUGCAAAUAAAUUACAUAUUUGUGAGGGAGCAUAUUCAUCUCAACAUUCUUGUUGCAACUUCUGUAGAGAACCUCCUUAAAUUGCACAUAUAUUACUGUACCUAUACAUGUUUGUCUCUCUAUCACAUAACCCAGCACUUCUUUCCUCAGCCACAUGGCUAGGGGCCGAGCCUAGCCAUCAUUUUACCUCCAAUGGAUGCAAGUUUCUUUGGUGAAGAUUUCUCCUGAGAGUUCAAGACUAGCAGAAAGAAGCGAGGAAAUUGCGACCGUUUGGUUCUUACGGAUAGGUAUGAUGGGCGUGGUCACCUGCAUGACCUUUCUGAAUAUGAUGCUGAAUAUUCCACAUGGAACAGAGAUUACCAAUUAUCUGAAGAGGAGGCUAGAAUAGAAUCCCUCUGUGAUGAAGAGAGAGGAAGAAUAUAAGAGGCUGAGUGAAGCUUUGGCAGAAGAUGAUACCUAUAAUGCAGUGGGGUUCACGUAUAGCAGUGAUUAUUAUGAUCCUUCAGAACCCACUGAGGAAGAAGAGCAGCCUUCAAGAGGAAAAGUUUCUACAAUGAAGAUAGAAAAUUUGGAAGAAAAUGAAGAACCUUUUAUUGCUCCUUUGGGUUUGAAUGUACCAUCUGAUGUAGAACUGCCACCAACAGCUAAAAUGCAUGCAAUCAUAGAACGGACUGCAAACUUUGUCUGCAAGCAGGGGGCCCAAUUUGAGAUUAUGCUGAAAGCAAAACAAGCCCGAAACUCUCAGUUUGACUUUCUGCGGUUUGACCACUACCUCAACCCUUACUACAAAUUUAUUCAGAAAGCUAUAAAGGAGGGACGGUAUGCUACAGCUGCACAAAAGAAGAAAGAUGAGAAAAAAAAUGUAAAUGAAGAUGCAGAUAAAGAUGAUGCUGAUGAAGAUGAUGCUGAUGGUGAUAACUAUCUGCAUCCAAGCCUAUUUGCUUCUAAAAAGCACAAUAGACUUGAAGAGCUCAUGAAGCCUUUAAAGGUGGUGGAUCCCGAUCAUCCACUGGCAGUGCUUGUUCGCAAGACACAGGCUGAAAAUAAUUUGGCUGCCCCUCAAUCAGCUGAGGGAGCAGCUGUUCCACCAUCUCAAAUAGACUAUUCUUCAGAUUCAACCGUGGCAGCCAUGUAUUACAGUUAUUACAUGUUACCAGAUGGAAGCUAUUGUCUCGCUCCGCCACCCCCAGGAAUUGACAUGGCCACUUACUACAGUGCUCUGCCAGCAGGAGUGACUGUGUCUAGCACUACAGGAGUAGCUACAAUAACUGCGCCCCCACCUCCUGGCACUAUAACACCACAAUCCUCCGAGGCAGCUGAUGAAAGUCGUGGAGGAAUAUCUGCCACAACUUCAUCAACAAGCACAAUUCCUCCUGUGGUUGCCAUCAUCCCCCCACCUCCAGACAUCCAACCUGUUAUUGACAAGCUAGCUGAAUAUGUUGCAAGGAAUGGGAUUAAAUUUGAGACAAGUGUUCGUGCCAAGAAUGAUCCCAGAUUUGAGUUUUUGCAGCCCUGGCAUCAGUACAAUGCCUACUAUGAAUUUAAGAAACAAUUCUUCCUUCAAAAAGAGGACAGUGACAGCUCAAAGCAUGUUGCAUCUUUGUCAGAGGAUAUCCCAGUGAACACUGCCAGUGAUGUACCUGGAGAAACUCAGUUUUCCACUGACCAGACAUCUGAAGAUAUGGAGUCUGUUUCCCAAGGAAGUAAAAAAGAUCCAAAUAUCAUCAAACUUGGUAAUGAUGGCAAACUGGUGAAAGCCUCCUUUGCACCAAUCAGUUUUGCAAUCAGGGUCAAAGAGAAUGACUUGCUCCCUUUGGAGAAAAACCGUGUGAAAUUAGAUGAUGACAGUGACGAGGAAGGGGAGGAAGGUAAAGAAGGUCAAGAGAAUGCAAGUAGCACUUCAAACACCGGUGUAGCAUUUGCAUCAUCCAGUAAUGCUCCUGAAGAAAGGAAGCCCCAGCUUACUCAGGAGGAGCUGGAGGCCAAACAAGCAAAGCAAAAACUGGAGGACAGAUUGGCAGCUGCAGCCAGGGAAAAGCUAGCUCAAGCAUCUAAGGAGUCAAAAGAAAAGCAACUUCAGGCGGAAAGGAAAAGGAAAGCUGCUCUGUUUUUGCAGAAUCUGAAGAAUCCCUUGGCAGAUGCAGAUGUUGAGAAAAUGGAGGAGAAUGCUUUUAAUAUAGAGACAAUCAGUAACAUACCCUGCAGUCUGUUGACUAGCAUUAAGACAUUGCCAGCCUUGGAAGCCAAGAUGGCCGAAAGUCCUUUAAGCAGAAGCAGAGAUCUCCCUAGAGAAGAAGAAAAGGAAAAGAAGAAAAAGAAACACAAGAAAAGAUCAAGAUCAAGAUCUCGGUCACCUCUUUCCAAGUAUCACUCAUCAUCUAAGUCCAGGUCUCGAUCACAUUCGAAAGCGAAGCAUUCUCUUCCAACUGCUUAUAGAACUGUCCGACACUCAAGGUCUCGAUCAAGAUCACCAAGGAGAAGGGCACAUACACCUGAAAGGCGUAGAGAAGAAAGAAGUGUCCCAACAGCAUAUCGUGUUACCAACAGUCCAGGAAUGAGCAGGAGGCGCACACGUUCUAGAAGUCCUAGCGAAAGGAAGAAGCGGAGAUCCCACUCCCACAGCAAAUCCAAAGCAAGGUCUCAUUCACCCUCGAUCUCACCAAGCAAACAGUUGGUGUAUAAGAACUCAACUCAUUCUGCUAGUGUCUCUCCUGUGGAGAGCAGGGGAUCCAGCCAAGAACGCGCUGGGGGAGCUUCUUUGGAAAAAGAAGGCCAGAUCUCGUCAGCAAUUGUUUCAUCCGUACAGAGUAAAAUAACUCAGGAUCUUAUGGCCAAGGUGAGGGCUAUGCUCGCCGCUUCCAAAAACAUCCCAACGAGUGCCUCCUGAGACUGGAAGAACUGCUGUUUCAGAAGAUAAUAUGCAGAUGGAAUCUUGGUUUAGAUGAUUCCCAACUCCUUUUGACCAACAGCAGUUUUCAAGAGUCAUGAUCCUUUUUGUGUACAGACGAACUAACCCUUGGACCAUCGCUGAAUUUUCAACAUGGAACUUCCUUUUGAUAAUACACGGCCUUUUGGAAUUUUGUAAAUUACAUUUUGUCUGCCUCUUCAGUAAGGAUUUAACCAUGAUGAGUAUAUGUAAAUUGUAAAUGCAAUGUUCUUGCAAGUGUCACAAAAAAUAAAAAUGCAGAAAAAAUUUUUA